AGUGCAGGGUGCGGGUCCUGCCCACCAAGCGUUAACCCUGCGCCGCCUGCCAGCGCAGGGACUCGGCUGCCGCUGACUGCGGAGCCGCAGUCUGACCGGGACUGCAGUGGUGUUCCCGCGGAGGACGCCCCUCUCGCCGGCCGGCGGAUGCUCUGAAGGGACCCGGGGGUGAAGGCUCACCUCAUCAUCCGCCCAGACUCGCUGACAGUCCGGACAGAAGCCUUUGGGAGCGGCCCCCGAGCCCCCUCCCGUCUGUCAGCCGCCGUCUGUGCGCUCCUCUCGGCCACUGCAGGAGGCUCCAGAUGGUGCGGAGAAAGCGGGGACGACACUGAUAGUUUCCUCCGUCCAUUCACGUGAGAGUGAAAGAGGAGCAGGGAAUGGGCUGAGAGAGGAGCCAUGUCAGUCUUGAGGAAGGCAAGCUGAGGACAUGUUGGUCACCUGGGGCCACCAGUGAGGGAACGUGUACCCAGCCCUUCGAAGGAUGGAUCAGAAGUUGAAUGGGACUCUAAAGUUCCUGCACGCCUCCUGGCUGAACUCCUCGCUGCUGGUGGAGCAGUUCCCACUCUGUUCUGACUCAGUGAGCAGCACCACCUUCCUGCUGAUGGCCUACAGUGCGGUGAUGGCGGUGGGAGUGAUCGGCAACACCUGCCUGGUCCUGGUCAUCACCCGGCAGAAGGAGAUGCGCAACGUCACCAACAUCUUGAUCGCCAACCUGUCCUGCUCGGACAUCCUCAUCUCCAUCAUCUGCCUGCCAGUGACAGUGAUCUACACCAUGAUGGACCGCUGGAUCCUCGGCGCCAUGCUCUGCAAGCUGACCCCCUUUGUGCAGUGCACGUCCAUCACUGUCUCUAUCCUCUCCUUGGUCCUCAUUGCUUUGGAGAGACACCAGCUGAUCAUCAACCCCACUGGUUGGAAGCCAGGGGUGGGACAUGCCUACUUGGCAGUAGCCAUCAGCUGGCUGGUGGGAUGUUUCAUCUCCUUGCCCUUUGUGUCCUUCAACGUUUUAACCAGUGAGCCCUAUGCAAACAUCUCCUUCCUCCCAGAGGGGCUGGGGGACCAGGUGGCUUGCAUCGAGCACUGGUCCUCAGAGCGGCAGAAGCUGGCCUAUACCACCUGCCUCCUAGUCUUCCAGUAUGGGCUGCCGCUGCUCCUGAUGCUCACCUGCUACUUCCGGAUCUUCCUGCGCCUCCGAAGGCGGCGAGAGAUGGUGGACCGGCCCCGGGACGGCAACCGCAAGGUCAGCCACAGCCGCAGGAUCAACAUCAUGCUGGCCUCCAUCGUCGUGGCCUUUGGCCUGUGCUGGAUGCCGCUUACCAUCUUCAACACCGUGUUCGACUGGGACCACGAGGCCAUCUCCAUCUGCCACCACAACCUGAUCUUCUCUCUCUGCCACUUGACGGCCAUGCUGUCAACUUGUGUCAACCCAGUCAUCUACGGCUUCCUCAAUGCCAACUUCCAGAAGGAAGUGAAGGCCAUGCUGUACCAGUGUCGCUGCAGUGGUCCCUCAGAGAGAUAUGAGACCUUCCCACUGUCCACGGUCAACACUGAGCUCUCAAAGGCUUCCCUACACCUGGGCUGCACCAACAAUAAUGUCUAAACCUCAGCCACCUUGUGCCUUUGUGGAUCCUUUGACCACUGUCAUUCUUGUGGCUGACUGUACCGUCAUUCACCCCAUGCCCAGAUUUACAGUCGGAAGACCCCUGCAGAUUUAUCUGUGGUAUGCUGUUAGUGGUUGCUUUAUAUGAUCGAAGACCACCUGGAUAGGGGGCCAAUGGUUGGAUGAAUUAUCUACCCAGAAUGUGACAACCCAGUGAGGUAGGAGGAGGAACCAGGACAGUUGGAAGGAAGCAAUGAGAGUGACUCCACCUCUUCCGUAAAUGUGACUGCAUUUGUCCAGUUCCCAGGGGUCUGGCUUGGGCCAGAGGUGGGUCCAUGAGCUGGUUUGUGUUUGAGACUUACUGGAGCUCUGGUCAUUCAGCUGGCUGGCCCCCAAGAGUGCUCUACAAGGAUCGGGGGCCUCCGGACAGCUCAGGGGAUGGCUUUCUGGGAGUCAAGGACGUGGAUAGGGUCUGCCUUUACUGGCUCUUUGCCCAAUAUUACAAUGGAGGCACCUCAAGGGGCCAUGUUAUGGUCAUGGGUUGCAUGCUGUUUAUCACCUGGUGUCAUGUUUGUUCAGCUUGAUUGAUUGCCUUUGGACCUCCUGUGUUAAACAAGGAAAGGAGCCUUCACUUGGCAUGUUAUUGAGCCUCACUUGUGGGGCAGGAAGAUUUUAAACCAGUGUAUCUGUAAGUUCUGCAACAUUACACACAGAGAAUCAGAAGGCCUGGAACAAAAUCUCAGUGGCUUGGCCUGGGCCCAGCAGGAAGACUCAGUAACUCAGCCUGGGCCUAGUGGGAAGGCUGAUUAACACACUUCCUUUACCCAAGAGCCACUUUGGAUUAUAUUAAUUGUGACUGCAGAAAAGUGCUGGGGAGAGUUGAGAAAGCAGCAUCUUUUUUCAUAAAAACAACCUUAAAAUGCAUGAGAACAUUUAAUAGAUCCUCUGAUGUUUUCCACACUCAGUCCUACCUUGAAGAGGCCAAGACGUGUUUGUGAGCCUUCUUGGGAGAGAGGCGGCCAGUGGGGUAAAUGAGAAUGGGGAAGGGGUGGGAGCUCGAACUGUGAGGACAACUUUGUCCCCACAGGAGCUUGCGUCUCACUCUCAGAGUAUUCUGCUCUGUGUCGGUGUUUGUAAAUAUUUUAAACUGCCUUCUCUUCUAUCUACAGAAAAACAAUUGUUUAAUUAAAGCUCUUGAUUCUAUGACAAUUCAAUGUCCAUUAAAAUUUACCACACUCA